AUAAUAUUGGCCAGGGGACUCUUUAACUCAGCCUUCAUUUCCUAUCUCUGUCUGAUAAACUUUGUUCUUGCACUCGAGAGACCUUUCUCCGUAACUGAACUCGUUUUGCAUAUCCCCUCUGGUUUUCUGGUGUUUUUCCUUGGAUUAUAAGUUGGAGGCAGCAUCCUUGACACGGUAGAAACCCAUCACUUACACCGCAUUCUCAUCUUCUUCUCUCAUACCGCCUCUUCGUCAUGUCUGUUAUGGGAGAUCACAGCUCUUCGGAGCUCACCAUGACCGUUCUCGGUUGCGGAACCAUGGGUAUCGCCAUCCUCAACGGCAUCUUCACUUCCCUCCUGGAAAUGCAGGCUCCCAAGCCUCUUCAGACCCUCCACACCCCCUCGGCGUCAGGCACAUCCACCCCCUUGGGCGACGAGGUCCCCCACCGUCUGCCCUCCCGCUUCAUCGCCUGCGUCCGCCGCUCCGACAGCGCCAAAAAGGUGAAGAAGGCCUUGUGGGAGCACUCCUCCAUCCUCAAAGUCGUCCAAAACGACAACGUCAACUCCGUCGCCCAAUCCGACGUCGUCAUCCUCGCCUGCAAGCCCUACAUGGUCAAGGACGUCCUCAGCGAACCGGGCAUGACCCGCGCCCUGCACGGCAAGCUCCUCAUCAGCAUCUGCGCCGGCCUCACAGAGGAGCACCUCGAAGAGAUCCUCCACGGCGCCGUCCCGACAAAGGACCCCGAGGAAGACGGCCGCUGCCGCAUCAUCCGCGCCCUCCCCAACACCGCCUCCCUCAUCCGCGAGAGCAUGACCGUCAUCGGCGCGCCGACCUACCCCUUGCCCCGCGAGGCCGCCAACCUCGUCACCUGGAUCUUCAAGCGUAUCGGCGACGUCGUCUACCUGCCCGCCGAGAACAUGGACGUCAGCACCGCCCUCUGCGGUUCCGGCCCGGCCUUUUUCUCGUUGGUUCUCGAGGCCGCCAUCGACGGCGCCGUCGCCAUGGGUCUGCCCCGCGCCGAGGCCACGAGGAUGGCGGCGCAGACUAUGAAGGGCGCCGCGGGCUUGGUCCAGAACGGUGACCACCCUGCUCUCCUUCGCGACAAGGUCACUACGCCUGGCGGAUGCACUAUCGGUGGUUUGUUGGUGCUCGAGGAGGGUCGUGUCAGGGGUACCGUCUCGCGUGCCGUGCGUGAGGCUACUGUUGUUGCUGGCCAGCAGGGCCAGGGCAUCCAGGGAGUGAAUGGCACUCGUUUCGUUUCGCAGUCGGGAUACCCUCAGUUCUGAGAUGGUUAGAUAUGGUGAUGGAUUUCUGCGCAAAAGUACAUAAUGUACAAUCGUCAUGAAUAAUGAAUAAAUAUUUGUUAUCUAUCUCAAUCUAUGCAGCCAACGUCGCG